AUGGUAUAUGCUUUUAUAAUCCAUUCAAUUGACAAUACAAAUUUUCAACAACAACAACCACAACAACAACAGCCACAACAACAACCAAUUGUUUAUUUAUCACAAUUUUAUACAUCAGAAGGGAAUAAUAAAGAUUUUAUAAAGAGACAAAAUUCAAUUAUUGAAAAAGUUAUUAAAGAUUAUUCAUUCAAAUUUCAAUGUGAAAAUACCAAACCAGAUGAAAAACAAUUUCCUGAUUGGGCAUUCUCUUAUUCUCAAAGAAACAAUGUAAAUUUCACUGAUAUUAGAGGUGAAAAUAGUUCAAAAGAAGGUAUUUUUAGAAUUAUACCAAAUAAACAAAUAAAUAAUUAUUUAAAAAAUGAUGAUAAUUUAAAUGAUCCUUCAAUUUAUGUAACAACUUCAAAAUAUUGUAUAUGGAAAAAAAUAUUAGGAGUAUGUUUUACAAUCGUAUGUGAAGAUGAUGAAAAUAGAUUAUUAGCUUCAAACUUUUUAACAUUAUUCAGUAAUGCAAUUGUUGAUAUUUUUAAAACUACAAUAACUAAAACUAUAAAUCCAAUGGAUAUUUUACCAAGAUCAGAUGAAAUACUAUUACUAUUAAAUAGUUAUUUACCAAAUGGACAAUUAUUAUUCAUUUCAAAUCAAUUUUCAAAACAAAUUAAAACUAAUUUUCAACAAUUAUCUCAAUCUUAA